AUGGUGACGCCUCCUGCAACUCCUGCUGUCGAAAGUGGGGAAAACAAUGAUCAACAUGGGCAGGCUCUCGCUUUCGAUGGAUCGAUCCUCGGAUCUGAAUCGAACAUACCCUCCGAGUUCUUGUGGCCCGACGAUGAGAAACCGAGCCUCGAUGCCCCGGAGCUUGUGAUUCCAACUAUCGACAUGGGAGUUCUGUUGAACGGGGCUGACCCUCUUGCUUUAUCAAAGGCGGCAGAGGCAAUGAGCGAGGCAUGCAAGAAGCAUGGAUUCUUUAUGGUCGUGAACCAUGGGGUGGAUUCUGAGCUUAUGGACAAAGCUCAAGAGUACAUGGACUUGUUCUUUGGCCUGCAACUCUCUGAGAAGCAAAAGGCUCAGAGAAAACUAGGAGAAAGCUAUGGUUAUGCUAGUAGUUUCGUUGGGAGAUUCUUCUCCAAGUUGCCAUGGAAGGAGACGCUGUCGCUUCGAUAUUGCCCUGACACUCCAAAAAUCAUCGAACACUAUAUGGUGGACCGGAUGGGCGAAGAUUUCAGAGAUUUCGGGAGGUUUUACCAGGAAUAUAGCGAAGCCAUGAAUAAGCUUGCACUGGAAUUAAUGGAGCUGAUAGGGAUAAGUCUAGGAGUGGAUCAAGCUUACUACAAAGACUUCUUUGCAGAAAAUGAUUCAAUCUUGAGACUGAACAACUAUCCGCCAUGCCAGAAGCCUGAGUUGACUCUGGGAACCGGUCCUCACUCGGAUCCAACUUCCUUGACGAUCCUUCUUCAGGAUCAAGUGGGUGGCCUUCAAGUGUUUGCUGAUGAAAUAUGGCACUCCAUUCCUCCUGUCCCUGGAGCUCUCGUUAUCAACAUCGGCGACACAUUCAUGGCACUGUCGAACGGGAUUUACAAGAGCUGCUUGCACAGGGCAGUGGUGAACAAUCGAACCGUGAGGAAAUCUCUUGCUUUCUUUCUGUGUCCGAAGAUGGAGAAACCGGUGACGCCGGCGGCUGUGUUGGUGAACGCUGAAAAUCCGAGGAGAUACCCUGAUUUUACUUGGGCUGGCUUGCUGGAAUUUACUCAGAAACAAUACCGUUCUGACAUGCAUACGCUUGAUGCAUUCUCCAAAUUGGUUCAAGAACAAGGAUCCAAGGAUGAGAUUAAAGUUUAGGAAUAGUCUUGUGGGGGACUUAAAGUGAAAAUAAGAGA